GUGCCGACUAAACUAAGGUUUAAUAUUCCCAUCACCAUUUUCUCGACGAAAAGCCAACCACACCGAAACAAAGCGACAUGGGAUCUCCAAUCAAGCCGAUCAAGGUCUGGGGGAAAACAGGCCCCAACCCACCAAAGGUUUCCAUCGUGCUAGAAGAGCUAGGCGUUCCGUACGAAACUGUACCGAUCCAGCUAGCCGACGUCAAGAAACCCGAGUUCACCUCUAUCAACCCUAAUGGUCGGGUCCCAGCCAUCUACGACCCCAACACCGACAUUACCCUCUGGGAAUCAGGUGCCAUCGUGGAGUAUCUGAUCGAGAAAUAUGACACCAAGCGCCAGCUCAGCUUCGCGCAGGGAACGCCCGAGUACUACCAUGCCAAACAAUGGCUCUACUUCCAGUCCACGGGGCAGGGCCCUUACUUCGGCCAGGCCGCCUGGUUCAUCAGGUACCACCCGGAGCAACUACCCAGCGCCGUAGAGCGUUAUGCAAAGGAAGUCAACCGCGUCUCGGGCGUUUUGGAUGGAUACCUGGCCCAACAGAAAGAGGAGUUCGGCGCUGGCGGUGAAGGGCCGUGGCUCGUGGGCAACAAAUUGUCUUACGCCGAUCUGGCAUUCGUCCCAUGGCAGCGAGCCAUUGGCACUAUACUCGCGAAGGAUCAAUACGACGAAGACAGCUUCCCGCAUCUGAAGGAGUGGCUCGGCAAGCUGAAGUCUCGGCAGUCGGUCAAGAAGGUGUUCGACGAGGCAUAGAGGAUUUUGUGAAGGAGCAAGGGCAGGGAGCAUGGGCAGGGAGUGUUGCUUUAUUAACGCAGUCCUUUUUCUUUGGUUUGGAAUUGUAGGCUAGUUUCAAACAACCCGCCGUGAUUCACCAGAACAAAUCUUAUCAUUGGGAACUCUCUACCAAUCCACUGUUCAAUCGAUG